GAGUGAAGUGAAAAAAAAAAAAACAAGAGAAGAUGGCUUGCUUGAAACUGGGUUCUAAAUCUGAUGUCUUUCAUCUAAGUGGUCACACAUGGCUUUGCUCAACUGGACUUAAACCUGAUGUGAUGAUCCAAGUAGAAGACCAAAGCUUCCAUCUGCAUAAGUUUCCGUUGUUGUCAAGAAGUGGAUAUCUCGAAACUCUUUUCAGCAAAGCCUCUGAGACAGCUUGUGUGGCCCAGCUUCACGACAUUCCCGGUGGACCCGAAACGUUCUUGCUCGUGGCCAAGUUCUGUUACGGUGUAAGAAUUGAGGUCACAGCUGAAAACGUUGUCAGUCUCAGAUGUGCAUCAGAGUAUCUCCAAAUGAGUGAAAACUAUGGAGAUGCAAAUCUCAUCUCUCUCUCCGAGAAUUUCCUCAACGAUCACGUUUUCACAAACUGGCAAGAUUCCAUCAAGGCCUUGGAGAGAUGCGAACAGAAACUGCUACCUCUCGCCGAAGAGCUUCACAUUGUCUCUAGGUGCAUUGCUUCUUUAGCCAUCAAGGCUUGUGUUGAAGACACGAGUUUGUUCCAUUGGCCAAUCUCAGUACCAGAAGAAACUACUACUACAACUACAUUCUGGAACGGAAUACAAACUAAGGCCACGAGCGAUAACUGGUGGUUCAACGAUGUGUCAACAUUCCUCGAAUUCCCAAUGUACAAAAGGUUCAUUCAAACCGUUGAAUCCAGAGGCAUGAAAGCAGAUAUAAUAGCAGCAUCUGUCACGCAUUAUGCAAAACGAAACCUUCCUUUACUUGGCUGUUCUAGGCAAUCUGGUUCUUCUACAGAGGAAGGUUCUACUUAUGGUGAUGACAUGCACUACUCACAUGAAGAUCAAAGAAGUCUCCUUGAGGAAAUCGUGGAACUACUACCGAGCCAAAAACGCAUUACAUCGACAAAAUUCUUGCUCAGGCUUCUCAGGACAUCAAUGGUUCUGCACGCAAGUGCAGCCACUCAGGAGAAUCUUGAGAGAAGAAUCGGCGUGCAGCUAGACGAAGCUGCUCUGGAGGAUCUGCUAAUACCAAACAUGGGAUACUCAGCUGAAACACUCUAUGAUAUAGACUCUGUCCAGCGGAUUCUUGAUCACUUCAUGUUGACAUUUGAUUCUUCUUCGAGCUGUUACAACAUUGUUGAUGAUGAGGAGAAGCAAUUGAUGGGAGAUUCUCAUCCUCUUAGACCCCUCACAAAGGUAGCUAGUCUUAUAGAUGGCUACUUAGCAGAGGUGGCUUCCGAUGAGAACUUGAAACUAUCGAAAUUUCAAGCACUUGGUGCUUUAAUCCCUGAAGACGUAAGACCAAUGGAUGAUGGUAUCUACCGCGCAAUUGAUAUAUACAUCAAGGCUCAUCCAUGGCUGACAGAGACAGAGAGAGAGCAACUGUGUCUGCUGAUGAAUUGCCAGAAGCUGUCAUUGGAGGCAUGCACACACGCAGCACAAAACGAGCGUCUACCUUUACGAGUCAUAGUUCAAGUCUUGUUCUUUGAACAGAUGCGGCUUCGAACAUCUGUAUCAGGAUGGUUCUUUGUCUCGGACAACAACAACAAUGACGAUCCAAGUUGCAAGAAUCCGGCACUAGAUGAAGGACACAGCAAGAUUAACGCAAACGCAAAUGUGAUGAUGAAUGGGAUGAGGGAACGUGUUUACGAGCUUGAAAGAGAAUGUAUGAGCAUGAAGCAAGAUCUUGACAAGCUUGUCAAGACUAAAGAAGGACGCAACUUCUUCUCAAAGAUAUUUGGAUUGAGGUUUAAGACUAAGACUUCACCAUGCGGUGGCAGCGGCAAAGGAGGAGACGAAGACGGUCUAAUGAUUCGUGAAACCAAAAACUGAUAGAGAAGAGCAAUAAUAACUAAUAACAAGAGUUAUAUGGCCUAUAAGACCACUUUUGUUCCUUUAUGUUCUUGGAAUUUAUAUGUUUGGACUCUUCUAAGUCCUUGUCUCGUUGAUCAGUUGACAAUUAAGGACAUUUUG